GGAGGGGGGGGGGUGCCGCAGGAGAAUCAGCAGCUUGUGGUGGAGGCAAUCCUGGGGGUGAGUUAAAGACAUACCUGGAAGAUGAUGGGGGAACACAGCAUCAUGGGAAAUCCUUAGCUAGAGGGGAGGAGAGAGAGACCCCCUUGUCUAUCCAGAUCAGUUGGUAUCUAUCGGCUGCUUCUCUCUCUACUGUGAUUAAUGUGCAAAGCAUUUUUUUUUUUAAAUAGAGAGGCUUGAUAUACCUUCCCUCCAUACUUUGUCUGUUGAGACUCCAGGUUGUGCACAGUGAAAAGGGGUAGUUUCUCUCUCCCUCUCCCAGAAUUCAGUUUGGUUUGUUCUCUCCCAGAAGAGUUGUGUAUCUUAUGCCUAAGUGAGGGCAGGAGAGCAGCCCCUUUGGCCAGCCGGCUAAAUAAUAAAAAGAGACCCUCUGAAAAUUUGAGACCCUUUGCAGUAGAUGGAAGGGGCUGUAAUGCUGAGUCCCAUGAGCAGUUGAUCCUGGACUCUGAGAUACCCCAGCUCCAAAGCCAGUUCAGAAAGCUUAAAGUGCAGGGUUAUCAGUCCAUUUGAAGCCAGUUUAAAUGCUGGGGCUCUCUCAAACCACUCUUGGAAGGAAUUCUGGUUUUGUGAGACUUAAUUGUUUGAAGCCCCUUCAUAAAAAACAUAGUUCCCAGAUCUUUAGUUGGGAGCUUGCAAGUUAAACAGGUUUGAAGCAGGUUUAAAUUUUAUGCAUGCCCGGGGAGAGGAUUGACACCUCUGGGGAUGACAGGUGGCUCAGUUACCUAUCCUUCGUUUAUACCAAUAAUUACCUUUUUUGUUUCUCAUCUCAUCAGAGAUAACACUGAUUCCUGUGUAGAGAUAGUUAUAUUAAUUGAUUAAUUACAAGAAUGUUAAUAGAUUAAAUCUGCAUUCCUUUGCAUAUGAAUAAAACAAUAGGUCUGAAGAAAAAAGCUUUUGUUCUUUGUUUUUUUAUAAUGCACGCCCCUGCGCACUUUCUUAGAAGAGGCAUUCCUGACAGUGUUGACAAAGAAAAGGGAAUGCCCUGUUGUUCAGUUAAUCAGAAGAAACUUUUUACUCAAAAAUAUUUUAAUUGAUUAAUGGAAUAACCAUUAAAGCCCUGACGAUUACACAGCUUUCUCAGAUCUCAUACCCACUGAAUUUCAUGAUGGAAUCAGCGGACCGAUAAGUUUCCCUCUCUGUUUGCUAGAGAAAAUUUGAGAGAGGCUUGGGGAGUGAGAGGGCAGAACUGAAGAGAGUGAAGGCAGAGCCAUGAGAAAAAAGUUGACCACGGAGGAUGGGGCAGAGGCAAACCUGGGGCCCCUAUUCCAAGCACCUCUGGGACUCCAAGGAGUCAAAAUGGAAGAGCAAAUACCAGAAGGCUUCAAACUGGGGGAGACCCCAGAGAAAGCAGGACAGGCAUCUUGUGUUCUUCAUGCUGGGGAAUUGCCAAGUUGGAAGGCACUGGUGAAAGAGGAACCAGAUGCCGGGGGCAUCCAGCAGUGGGAAAUCCAUAGCCAAGAGACAGAGCAAGCCCUUCACUUUGGAUGGGGGAAGACAUGGCCAUCAGAGCUUGAACCAUGGGAUGACAUGCUGGCUCUCCUGGCCUCCUUUGAGCAUGUGGCCUGUGCCUGUCAGUGGCCAAAGGAAGAGCUGGUAGCCCGGCUUUUACCAGCCCUUAAUGGGGAAGCUCGAGAGGCCUACCACAGUCUGGACAUUAGUGACAGGCGGGAUUAUGGGAAAGUGAAGGCCGCCAUCUUGAAAAGGGAACCUGUGGCAAUGGAGAAACGGAGGCAGCACUUUCGGCAGUUCCGCUACCAGGAGGCAAGGGGGCUACGGGAUGCCUGCAGGAAACUCCGUGCGCUUUGCUGUCGCUGGCUGAAGCCGGAGAGCCGAACCAAGGAGCAGAUCCUGGAGCUGCUGAUCUUGGAGCAGUUCCUGACAAUCUUGCCAGAGGAGAUCCAGUGCAGAGUGUGGGAGCAAGUCCCUGAGAACUGUGCCCAGGCGGUGGUCCUGGCUGAGAAUUUUCUGGCAAGGCAGCAAGAGACUGAGAGGCAGAUACUCCAGGUCCCAGGGCCAUUCAAGGGUGUCGCUGUGAAUCCCCCUAAGGCAGAGCUGGCUGCAUCGGAGGCUGGGCAGAAGCUACUCUGCAGGGAGGCCGAGCAGAUAGGCAGAGGGGAUGCUAGCUCGCUGGGUUCUUCUGACACAGAAGCUACGUGGGACUCGUCAGCAGAUGAAGGAGGCUCUGGAGGGUGUGAAAGGCAAGACCCUUCUAUGGGGGCAGUUGGUAGCUGUGGAAUCACAUCUGGAUUCUCUUCCCUGUCGACGCAUGAGAGAACUCCAGUCAGAAACAACUUUCAGCAAGAAGAAUAUGAGGAAAGGUUUGUGGGAGCCGAAGGGCUCCAGACUCAUCCCGGAACCACCAGCCGGGACAGUGCAUACUUAUGUACCCAGUGUGGAAAAGGGUUCCGGUGGCCAUCAGCACUGGCCGUGCACCAGAGGACACAUACAGGCGAGAAACGGCACUGCUGCACUGAGUGCGGGAAGCGCUUUGGCCAGCGUGGGCAUCUGACUGUGCACCGGAGAAUUCACUCAGGAGAAAAGCCUUAUGCCUGUCCUCAAUGUGGGAAACAAUUUGUUGACUCCUCCCACCUCACUAAGCACCAGAGGACCCACCUGGGGGACAGGCCCCACCACUGUGCCGAGUGUGGCCGAAGGUGUGCAAAUAAACGGUCACUUGUCCAACACCAGAGAAUUCACACUAAGGAGAAAUCCUAGGCCUUGACCGCAUACUGGUCGCUCACUGAAUGCUUAGCCAUGGUUAUAACGGUCGGAGGAAAAGGUGUUCCUGCUUCCAUUCUGGGCCAUUUUUGAAGAGGAAGAGGAAACGUCAGUGGAUGUACAGGAGCCCCCCCUCCUGCCCCCACAUUUGCCCACAGAGCCCAAACACCCAUAAUCUCCCCUCCCCAAAGGAGUGACACCUUCCCCUCUUUCCCUCUCAUUGAGUAAGUCUGUUUGGUCCACCAUUUUGUAAUGCAGUGGUUCUAUUAGUAGGAUUAUAGUGACUACAUCCUAUCAAUCACUGUCUCCUAUUUCGCAAGCCACCUCAAGUGGCACAUACUUUGCAACAACUAACCAGAUGUUGUGGAAUUGGGCGUGGGCAGUAUGAGGGGGUGCAGUUAUGGUGGCACUGGGAUUUUGCCUGCCACAACCAUCACUGCCACCUUCAAAUCCCCUACAUUUUAUUCUUUUCACAGUCUUUUAAAAAUUUAUUGGGCACUAAAAUGGGAGUCAGUCGAAGGCAUUAAAAACUGGUAUUUACAGUGCUGGUUGCGGGGGUCAGGUAGAGUCUGUUGCAGCACCUUGGUACACUGAAUUGCACUCCACUGGGUGAAAAGUAAGGGCUCAAGAGCCCAGUCCAGAAGGAAGAGCAUCAAAGAAUCCUUAAAGACAAACACAUACAUCAGACAAAGUAGGUUUUGGUUUGAGAAAGUUCAUACCCCAGGCAACAAAUUUGUUCACCUUGAGAGUGAUACAGGAUUAACCAAUGUUGUUUGGGUUAACACAUCAAAUUAAAAUAGCUACUCUUCUGAAAAGAUUCUGCUUUCCCGUUCAUAUCAGAAUAUGCCAGUAUUGAUGAAGUGAGGAUUUUGAUCUGUGCCAGUGGUCCUAAGGAACCAGAAGGUGGUAGUCAUACCAAACAAAUUAAUCCAGGUAAAGGAGUGCAGUGUAUGUGUGAAUGAAGACAGGCAAAUUUGUUUUUAGAGCAACGAGUCCACUACCUUUAAACACUGCCCCAUGUUCAUUCUAAACAUCCCUCUCCAGGACUGAGCUCUGUCCAAAAAAUAAUAAUAAAAAAAUCUCAGCAAGUUUGAAGUUGCACCCAGCUGUGUACAGGACUGAUUGGCUAGCUCCGUCACAUCCUCUCCAGUCUUCAGAGCACUUUUGGACUUUUAAAAGCAAGUUUCCCUUUAACAAAAAUGAACAAGGUGACAAAUAAACAAGUGGACCAAAAGGGAUUACCAAAAGUGGGGCAGCCCACCUACAGCAUGCAUAGUGGAGGGUAUGACUGAGAAGGGUUUGAUCUGGUGGCAAGCAUCUCUUAUUUCAAUUUGAGUUAAGCUAGUACUGCAGCUGAAGGAUUCUUCCUUCACUACAUUUGUGUAUUUACUGGUGGCCCUUGUUAUUCGUGGGGGCUCCAUUCUGGCUUACAACCAUGUAUAACAAAACUGCAAAUAAUAAGACCUAGAGUCUAUGGGGAUUGGGGGAUUAGCAAGCAGAAAUAAAGGGAAUAAAGCACAGUACGAGUCUACGGGAAUGGGGGCGGGGGUUGGGUUUCCCCAAAAUCAGAAAUAAAGGGCAUAAAGCACAGUACGAGUCUAUGAGAAUUGGGGGGUUAGGUUUGCCCAAAAAAGUAGAAAUAAAGGGAAUAAAGCACAGUACAAAUUAUGGGAAUUGGGGGGUUAGGUUUCCCCCCAAAAGCAGAAAUAAAGGGAAUAAAGCACAGUGCCUUGCUCUCCAGGCUUCCAACUCUCCAGAAAAGCCCCCGAAACCUGCAAAUCCCUCAAAUUUUUGAGAAUCUUUUCCAAAAAAUGUGGGGGAAAUUAAAAACAAAACAAAAAGGAGACACAAAAUGACUCCAUGCUGCAAAAUGGUGGCCAGAAAUGACGUUGGAAGUCAUUUAACCACAGAUUGGCAAACUUUGCCUAUUUUAAAACCGUAGAUAAUGAGGUUGGGUCUAUAUUGCCUGACUGCAGAUAUGCAAAAUCGUGGGUGUUGUGACUGCGGAUAAUGAGUGCCACCUGUAUAUGUGAACUGGAUUUUAUCUUCAGCUCUGGGAGGAAUAAUACCUGGUGAAUACAGGGGCAGGAGAUAUGAGACAAUAUCAACAGUGAGCAGGAAUGGUGAUACACAGAGUCCUGGCCUAAGAGUUAGUGGUAAUAUAAGCCCUAUUCACACUUUAUGUUCAACACCUGUACAAGUGUACAAACGUACAGACAGCUGUACAUUUGUACAACACGUCUGAAUAGGGCUCUAGACUAGACGCUUUAGAAGUUUCAAACCUUAGAAAGUGUCAUGGCAUCUUCAAAGAGCAGUCCUUGAAAUGGUUGCCAAGGCAGCGGUGCCCAAGGCUUGAAUGGGUGUUAUUUUCAGAGAUGGCUCAGGCACCUGAGGUGCCAAAUGCUGCCUUGCACCACACCUGCGAGGCGUGCCUGCGCAGUUGGGAAGCGACGGCAGGCCUCGGCAUUGCUCUGCUGCACUCGGCGGGCGAUCCGCCGCCCGCCGCCGCCGAAUUGCCGCCAGCCACCGCCACACUCGGUGGGCGAUCCACCACUGCCGCACUCGGCGGGCGAUCCGCUGCCACCGCCGCCGCACUCGGCAAUCCAGGGUGGGUUGGGGGGUGCCACUUUUUGGCACCCCCCACGUGGCCCACCGGAGUGGCGCCCAGGGCACAUGCCCUGCCUGCCCCCCCUAUCAUUACGCCCCUGGGUGCAGGGCCUGAGGCAAAUCAGCCAGUGUGGGGCCCCCUUCUAGCUAAUUUCAAUGGGGGUUAAAAGAGCAUAAGAACUGCCCUGCUGCAUCAGGCCCAAGGCCCAUCUAGUCCAGCAUCCUGUUUCGCACAGUGGCCCACCAGAUGCCGCUGGAUGCCUACAGGCAGGAGCUGAGGCCAUGCCCUCUCUCCUACUGUUACUCCCCUGCAACUGGUUCUCAGAGGCAUCCUGUCUUUGGGGCUGGAGGUGGCCCACAGCCCUCCGACUAGUAGCCAUUGAUAGACCUCUCCUCCAUGAAGUUAUCCAAACCCCUCUUAAAGCCAUCCAGGUUGUUGGCUGUCACCACAUCCUGUAGCAGAGAAUUCCACAAGUUGAUUAUGCGUUGUGUGAAAAAGUACCUCCAUUUGCUGGCCCUAUAUUUCCUGGCCAUCAAUUUCAUGGGAUGACCCCUGGUUCUAGUGUUAUGGGAGGGAGAAUUUCUCUCUAUCCACUUUCUCCACACCAUGCAUGCUUUUACAGACCUCUGUCAUGUCUCCCCGCAGUCUUCCCCCCCUCUAAACUAAAUAGCCCCAGGCGUUGUAGCCUUGCUUCAUAAAAAAGGUGCUCUAAGCUCCUCAUCAUCUUGGUUGCCCUCUUCUGCACCUUUCCCAUUCCACAGUGUUCUUUUUUAGAUGUGGUGACCAGAAUUGUACGCAGUACUCCAGGUGUGGCCGCACCAUAGUUUUUUAUAAGGGCAUUAUAAUAUUAGCAGUUUUAUUUUCAAUCCCCUUCCUAAUUAUCCCUAGCAUGAAAUUGGCCUUUUUCACAGCUGCCAUGCACUGAGUUGACACUUUCAAUGAGCUGUCCACCAUGACCCCAAGAUCCCUCUCCUGGUCAGUCACCGACAGCUCAGAUCCCAUCAGCGUAUAUUUGAAGUUGGGGCUUGUCAUCCCGAUGUACAUCACUUUAUACUUGCCAACACUGAACCAUUUUGUCGCCCACUCCCCCAGUUUGGAGAGAUCCUUUUGGAGCUCCUCACAAUCAGUUUUGGGUUUCACUACCCAAAAGAAUUUGGUAUCAUCUGCAAAUUUGGCCACCUUGCUGCUUACCCCUGCUUCUAGACCAUUUAUGAAUAAAUUAAAAAGCACCGGUCCCAGUACAGAUCCCUGGAGGACCCCACUUCUUACUUCGCUCCAUUGUGAAAGCUCUCCAUUUAUCCCUACACUCUGUUUCCUGUCCUUCAACCAGUUAGCAAUCCACACAUGUACUUGUCCCCUUAUCCCAUGACUGCGAAGUUUUCUCAGGAGUCUUUGAUGAGGAACUUUGUCGAAAGCUUUUUGGAAGUCCAGGUAGACUAUGUCAACUGGAUCACCUUGAUCCAAGACCCAGGAUGGUCGCCCCCCGCUUUCCCUCCCCUAAGGGCAGCCCUGGCAUACCCCUACCUACAGGAGAAGUAGUAACCUGGUCAAGGAUACCUUCUGUACACUCAGCAAUACAUAUUAUUUGGCUCCUUUGUAAUGAGGCUACCAGUUCAAGUAUGCAUACCAUGUGAAAAUCAUGUUGCUGGUUUUUACU